CAGAAAGAUAUAAGGCUUUAUUUGAUGAUGCAAGACAAUCUUUGUACCCUUCCUGCCCUAGAGAACUCACAAAAUUAUCGGUUACUGUUGAGUUGUAUAGUUUAAAGGCAUGUAAUGGUUGGUCGGAUAACAGCUUUAAUGAUCUUCUUCAAUUGGUUAAGAAGUUGUUACUAGUAGAAAACACGUUGCCAGUGAGCACAUAUCAAGCGAAAAAGAUGAUCAGCUCAUUAGGAAUGACUUAUGAGACUAUACAUGCAUGUCCCGAUGAUUGUAUUAUUUAUUGGAAAGAGUAUAAAGAUAGACAAAAUUGUCCAACAUGUCAUACAUCGAGAUGGAGGUCAGAUUACUUGGCAAAGAAAAAAGGUGUUAGAGUUCCAUCAAAGGUUUUGAGAUAUUUUCCUUUGGCACCAAGGCUACAGAGGCUAUACAGGUGUGCAUUCAAUGUUUAAUAUAAUUUUGAUAUUAUCCUAUAUACCUUUUGUUAAAAAAAUUAAUAAGUAAUCUUUUUUUUUUAAAAAAAAACUUUAUUUCUAGUGUGCCAUGGAUAGUGGAGCAAAUGACUUGGCAUUCUCAACCGAAAGAAUAUAAUGGUGUUAUGCGGCAUCCGUCUGAUUCAUCAAGUUGGAUGGUAAUAAAUAACAAGUAGCCAAGUUUUGCUGAAGAAUUCCGUUAUGUGCGUUUAGGGCUUACGAUUGAUAGAUUUAACCCAUUUGGACAUCUUAGUAGUGCCUACAGUUGUUGGCCUUUCAUUAUAGUGCCAUAUAAUCUACCCCCUUCGAUGUGUAUGAAAAGAGAAUUUUCAAUGUUAACGGUAUUGAUACCAGGUCCAAAAGGACCAAGUAAGGACAUUGAUGUCUACCUACAACCGUUGAUUGACGAGUUGAAGAAUUUGUAGCUUAAUGGAGUGACAACAUAUGAUUCUCAUUUAAAGACAAUUUUUAAUUUGAAAGCCAUUUUAAUGUGGGGAAUUCAUGAUUUUCCUGCAUAUGGGAGUUUAUCAGGAUGUGUUACACAUGCACAAUAUGCUUGCCCUGUUUGUGCCUAGGGAACCGUUGCUGAACGACUUAAGAGUGGCAAGAAGUACUCCUAUCAGGGCCAUCGAAGAUUUCUUCCUAUUAAUCAUGUUUUUAGGACUCAAAAAGCGGCAUUCAAUAAUAAAGUGGAAGAAGGAAGACCUUCUCAUCGAUUAAGUGGUUCAGAGGUUGAAGCGAAGGUAAUCGGUAUUCAGAUGGAUAUCGGUAAAUCGAAGGGAAAGAAACGAAAAAGUUACGGUGAUGAUUUGACUGGGAAUAUAACUGCUUGGUACAAAAGAUCGAUCCUAUUCGACUUGCCAUAUUGGAAGGAGUUACCAGUUCGGCAUAACUUGGAUGUAAUGCAUGUUGUAAAGAAUGUUGGUGACCAUCUUCUGUCGACGAUUCUAGAAGUCAAAGAUAAAACUAAGGAUGAUAUAAGUGCACGCGAAGAUUUGAAAAAAAUGAACAUAAUGAAAGACUUAUGGCUGAAAGAAGCGGAUAGCAAAACUAUUAAACCAAAGGCACCAUUUACUUUAAGUCGUAAGGAGAAAGAAUUGUUCUGCCAAACAUUGCAUGACUUGAAGGUUCCAACAGGGUAUAGUUCCAGAUUUAAACAUCUUGUGAACUUACAAACUCUUGAGAUAAAGGGACUAAAGUCGCAUGAUUAUCAUGUCAUUAUGUGUCAAUUACUACCUGUGUUGCUACAACAUGCUUUCUCAGAGCAACGCCAAAAGAAAGAUGGAGACACCCUGAUUAGUAGGACUGAAGUAUGGAUUAAAACCCAUACAAGAAAGGAUGAUUCUGUUCACAGUAAUGCAGCUUCACAUGUGGUAAUCUCCUUGUCUUAA